GGACGCGCGGUACAAUAGAGCCGUUGUGCGGCUCUGCAGCUCACCCUGCUGCCCAAAUCCCUGGAUACAAAAAGAAAAAUACAUUUAAUCCACAUUUGGAACCACGGCGCCUGGCUUCAAAUGCUUAUCAGGAAAAUUAGUUUUGGACGAUAUCUAGCUCAAGUAAAAGCGCCGACGCAGCGAAGACUGAAGGUGUGAAUCAGUGUUUUGUUUUUUAGCCGAGGAAUCCACUAGCAUGCGAGCCCAUUUGAAAUUUAUGGAUGUAACAGGAUGAAACGUCUGAAAUCCUCAAGUAGCAGCGACAGUUCCGACAAUGAGAGUCCCUCAACCUCCUUUUGCUCCUCCAACAAACAUGGCAGUAAACCUGGGACCCCUGCCUCGAACCCAAAGAAACCAGCUGAAGUGUUCAGAAAAGACCUGAUCAGUGCCAUGAAAUUGCCUGACUCCCACCAUGUCUGCCCUGAGGACUACUACCUAUUGGCAGACACCUGGAAGCAGGAGUGGGAGAAGGGUGUCCAGGUUCCCGCAAGUCCAGACACAAUUCCAGAGCCAUCAGUCAGAAUUAUUGCAGAGAAGCCCAAGGAGGUACUUUACACCCAUCAGAAGAAGUACAUCCAGUACUCGACUGAGCCAGGUGAUAUCAACAUCAGAGAGCUGGCAGAGGCCAUGUGUCGCUAUGACCUGGACGACAUGGACCUUUACUGGCUACAAGCUCUCAACAGAGAACUCGGGAAGAUGGGGGAGGAGCCACUAGGUGAGCUGACAAUGGAACGUGCUAUGGAGGCUCUGGAGAGGCAGUGCCAUGAAAACAUGAACCAUGCCAUUGAGACUGUGGAAGGUCUGGGUAUUGAAUAUGACGAGGAUGUCAUAUGUGAUGUGUGCCGCUCCCCUGACAGUGAAGAAGGGAAUGAUAUGGUGUUCUGUGACAAGUGCAACAUUUGUGUGCAUCAGGCUUGCUAUGGAAUUGUGAAAGUUCCUACUGGAAACUGGCUGUGUAGAACAUGUGUCCUUGGCAUUGACCCGCAGUGCCUCCUGUGUCCCAAAAAAGGCGGUGCCAUGAAGGCAACACGUGCAGGCACCAAGUGGGCGCAUGUAAGCUGUGCACUGUGGAUACCAGAGGUGAGCAUUGCUUGUCCUGAGAGGAUGGAACCCAUUACCAAAGUGUCCCACAUCCCACCAAGCCGAUGGUCUCUCAUUUGCAGUCUGUGUAAAGUAAAGACUGGUGCAUGCAUACAGUGCUCUGUGAAGAACUGCACCACUCCAUUCCAUGUGACGUGUGCGUUUGAGCACACUUUGGAGAUGAAGACCAUCUUGGAUGAAGGAGAUGAAGUCAAGUUUAAGUCUUACUGCCUCAAGCACAGCAAUUCCAAAACAUGCGAAGCAGGCCUAAGUCCAGCUCGCUCUAAAGCACCUGAUGAGGCAGGGAAAGUGGGACAGCGAGCACAGAGACUGCAGGAGCUGGAGGAGGAGUUCUACACUCUAAUCCAGCUGGAGGAGCUGGCCCAAGCCCUGGUUCUCUCCAAGCGCCUGGUGGACUUCAUCUAUCAGUACUGGAAGCUGAAGCGGAAAAGUAACUUUAACAAAGCACUGGUGCCCCCUAAAGAGGAGGAGGAGAACAUCAUGCUGGAGCCUCAGGAGGACAGCAUCCACACACGCAUGAGGAUGUUCAUGCACUUGCGGCAAGAUUUGGAGAGGGUGAGGAAUUUGUGUUACAUGGUGAGUCGGAGAGAGAAGCUGAAGCUGCUGCAGAGUAAAGCUCAGGAGCAGAUGUUCAAUUUGCAUGUGAAGCUAAUGAACCAGGAAGUGUCUGUCGGUCUUCCUCCUUCAUUUCCAGUGGAGAGUACGCUGUGUCAUCCACCUCCAAGGAUAACUCUAAAGCUGAAAAUGCCAAAAUCCUCAGGGCGUGGAACAGGAACUUCCAGUACAAAGUCUGUUAAUGGUCCGCUCUGCCCGGACAAUAGUGGGAAUGUUGCUGGUCACGAUCGUGAGGGACUUGGUCAGGGAAAACCUCAGCUACAUGGCCGAGGCAAGAGAGAUGAGCACUCUAACGGCCUGCUGUCUUCCUCAAGUCACUCAAGUAACCUGCCGUUGCCCGUUAAACCAACAGGAAAACCUUUAGCUCUGCAUGCUGCCCUCCAUGGCCACUCAUCGAGUAGUAAUGGCAAACAUGACCCAGACAGAGCAAAUGCUGCCAGAACUAACGGUGUCUUUGAAAAGUUGGUGAUACAGAAAGAUAAUUCUUGCCAGACACCCAGUCAUCAGGAUGGUCCUAAAGAGGGUUUAGGGAAGGGUGCAUUCCGCAAGGCUGCCAUGGAACACUUUGGUAGAUCCUUCAAAGAGGCAACCAUUAGUUUGGUGCGGACGACGGAGGACCUGUGGCUCUCUGACAAACUGAGCCGUAAGGACUCGGCCAAAGAGAAACUAUGGGCUAAGCCUGUGACAGAAAACAAAGCUCGAAGCAGGCGUUCAUACCAGGAAAGUGACGGGUACUGCCCUGACGUGGAGCUGAGUGACUCUGAGCCAGAAGCCAAAGGAAGGCACCGGCGGCAACUCAGGCUCCCGCCACCAGGUGCACCCAGAAGUGACUGUCGCAAAGGAACAAGCCAAGAGAAGCAGUCUCUCGGUUCCAGAGCCCCAAUGCACAGGUGAUGGCUGUCUGCUGCCUCUGUUUGCUAUCACUGUCAUCCCCCAUCUGAAGACAUCAUCAGGGAUCAGACCAAGCUGUGGUGCUAACUCUGCCAUGCACACGGGGCACCACAGUACGGAGUCCGGAGAGGAUUCUCUGUUGCCAUGUGUCAUUGUGCAGCUUCAACAUGGUUUGAGACAAUUAAUUCUGCUCUGUUUUCUGGGAUUGUCAAGCCUUUCUUUUUAUUUGUACUGAACACAGAUUUAUCAGUCCCCUACACCCACACACACACACACACACACUUCAAAUUAGCCUUUGCCUGAAACUGUUGUACAUUUGAUUGAAUGUAUGCCAACAUCACAAAUGUUCCACUGUUCUUAAAUGAAACUUGAGAUGCCUGCUUUGUCUGAGACCAUAAAUUAAAACUGAUGUAGCAGACAGAAAUUUGAUAUCUUGUAUAUUAUGUUAUAGGUGACAAACUGCUGAGUCAUGACUUAAAUGAGUUGUUACUUCUGUCAAUACAAUUUGACACUUCAGAUUCUUUAGCUUUGCAGGCAAAGAGAUACCAAACAAAAAGGAAGACUACCGGCUGUCUCCAAACAAAUAUGUGUACAAGCAAAGAUCAUUGUGUUCUCCAUUUGUCCUCCAGUCAUGUAGUUAAAUGUAAAUGUGGCUACAUGACAUUUUCUGGAUCUGGAAUUUUUGGUUUUUGUAGUCAUCACUACAUAACUGGUUUCACAAUCAUCCCAUAAUUGGCCUUUAUUAUUGCCAAAAUUGAACUUGAAAUGCCUUUUUAUUUUUAUUAAGUUUCUUUUUCUUUUAAAUGUCUGACAUUCGGUGUACUUGAUGACAAUAAAUUACAUGGCAUAACUGGUUUCCACA